GGUGCUCAUAGCGGAAGUGCUGCUGGGUAAACUUGUCAAACUUCAAUUGUUACAAAAUAUUUAGAUUAUGCUUGCAAAGAUGCUUAUAAAUGGUCAUUUUCUUUGGAUUGUCAUCGCUUACAUCUACUGCCUAAUCCCAAGGGAGAUCAAUUGCCAAAUUGAGAUUCAAGUGGCACUAGUUGGCAAGUAUAUCCGCCUCACUGACUUGCCGUGCGAAGGUUUUCUUAUAUCAAACCUGGACAGAAUAAUUGUGACUGGAAGAAUUAAAAUGGCCUAUUCAACUUGGAGAUACAAGUAUUUCUUUGGCUUUGAGAUCUACGGCAUCGGUGGUCAAUCAUAUUCAUGUCGCCCUAGGUAUGAGGACGUGUGCAAAAAUGGAGUUGGAGUCUGGAAGACUUCAGAGUGCUACUGUGACUUCAUUGAGGGACCUUACAUGUAUGUCAGAUUCAACAAGACCGUGGAGAAAUAUAUGAACAAAGCUGCCGUAUCUCUUUGGUGGGGGAAAUAUAGUUACGCAUUCAAGAGCAGGCCAUUACUUAUUGCAGAUAACAUUUCUGAUUUUGAAGACAUCCCGGAGUCUUGUUUCAAGAAUGAAGUCAUAUUCAAAUAUAGGUCUAGAAAUAAAGGUACAAAACCCAAUGUACUUUGGUCACUAGCAUAUUCUAUAUUGAUCUGCAGUGUUUUAAACAAGCUUAUGUGGUGAUUGUGUUAGUGACUCUAGAGAAAUUUUGAAUUGACCGUAAAAUCGGUAGAGACAACUGAAAAAAAAUCCAAGACAUUCUAAUAAUAUGCUUUAAAAUUGAUUUCUUUGUAAUAAUUUUCUUUACAUCAAAUAUACUUUGUAAGUCAUAAAGUAUAAGUAAAAUAAAAGGGAAGAGGGUUAAAGGAUUAUAAGUCAUCCGGUAUAAUUGGGUUAUCAAUAAAAUAUAAGAGGAUGUAAAAAAAUA